GGAGUUCAGUUCGCCAUGGAGCUCUUUGGAAAAACACAAGAGAAGCUGCCUAAAGAGCUGGUCAAUGAAUGGUCACUGAAGAUAAGAAAGGAUAUGAGAGUUGUUGACAGGCAGAUAAGAGAUAUCCAAAGAGGAGAAGAGAAAGUGAAACGACCUGUGAAGGAUGCUGCCAAGAAGGGCCAGAAGGAUGUCUGUGUGGUCCUGGCCAAGGAGAUGAUCAGGUCAAGGAAGGCUGUGAGCAAGUUGUAUGCAUCCAAAGCACACAUGAAUUCCAUGCUCAUGGGGAUGAAGAACCAGCUGGCUCCUUACAGAAAAGCACAGAGGUGAUGAAAGCCAAGCAAG